UUUCAUGCAGGAGACAGGGCUGAUUGAAAGGCCAGGGUAGAAUUGUCCUAUACACACAGGCUGCCCAUGUCUGUCACCUUUUUCUCACCAUCCCUUAUGUAUGCCCUGUUCCUGUUUCCUCAGUUAAGGCUUCUCACCGCCUUCCCAUUUAUCCCAACAAGGAGUUCUCCCCCCCCCUCCCUUUGCUCACAAAUAUCACCAGCAUUAAGUCCCCGUUUAAUCCCUGGGAUUCUUUAUAUAGGAAAUGAAUGUGCUCGUCACAGUGGCUGACUGGCAUUUAUCUCCCCAGCUGUAGGCUAGAAUUGCAAUGCUUUGAGUGUGAGUUGUAACAUGCGUCUCUGUGUGUGACUUGAUCUGCCUUCGGGACAGAGAACAGCGGAGACUUGGCUGAACCCUGGUGAGCUUCAUUGUGUCUGUCUCCACCACUGUAAUUGGCACUGGCACGAGCAUGGCGGCUGAAGGGGCAUCCGAGGGAGCCAGUGGCUUGCAAGUUCUUCUCUCCACUUUGCAGAACUCAUAUGAAAAAGAUGUAACCCUGAACAUCAUCACUGUGUUGAGUGAAUUGCUGUCUGCGGGGACACACAAAAGGAUUUAUUAUAUGAUCUCCAAAGGUGGCAGUGAAGCCUUGCUGCAAACCUUAGUAAACCUGGCAAGGUCAGACUCCCUUGACUAUAGCCUGUUAGUACCGCUUCUCACAUUGUUGGUCAAGGUAGGAAAGAAAGAUGGAAAGUUUGGAGAAAAAGCCCAGAAACUGGAGGCUACAGAUGUUACACUUAGCAUAGCAAGAAAAAAUCUUACAAGAUAUGAGAACCUCACACCAUGUAUCUUGGCUUUACAAGUCUAUGCUUCCAAUGUUUCUGUUGGAUCUGUGUUGGGUAUCAAUGGGGCUCUGGAGCUGUUCUUUAAGGUCAUCUGCAAUUAUACUAGAAAGCACACGCAAACUAUCAAGGCAGCAAUCGAAGCCCUUGCAGCUCUUCUUAAAUCAAAAUCGAAUGGAAGAAGAGCUGUCAACAGUGGUUAUGUGGAUGGCCUCUUGCAAUUCUACAAAGACUGGCAUCUUUGUGAUUCAUCUAACCGUUACAUUCAUAUUCGAAGAGGUCUUAUACGGUGCCUGAAACACAUAACCAAUGUCCGGUCUGGCAGAGAAGCCUUCCGGCAGGCCAAGGGAAUGGAGAUUGUCUUCUCUACAACACAAGAAUGUUUGCAAUGCAAAAGCUUGGACUCUUUAGUGAAUGCUGCAAUUCAAGUUUUGAGAAAGUGUUGUCCAAAGUGUCCUCUGCCAUUGUCCAUUAUAAACAGUUCAUAUACAUUUCAUGUGCCUGGAAUAAUCGAAAACACUUCUCCUCCAAAACCAUAUACACAGGAAGAUGAAUCGGAAGAUGAAGAAGAAACAGAAGGGAUCAACGGAAAUGAGGUUUUAGACAACAAAGAUGAAGACGAUGACUUGGAAACUGAUCUGAAUAAAUUGAAGUCAAGGCCUAAAGCAGAUCGAGAUGAUAAGGAACUUGAACAUUAUAAGACUUUUUUUCCCGAAUACUUCCUCGAUUUACAGGACCUGGAAUGUGAAAAUCAAGAAGUCAAGCCAAAUGCCAGCGACAUUUCUGCCACGCCACAUGCAAAUACACAUAAUAUUCAGGCUGCUCAGAGGAUAAAAGAAGACUGCUGUGGGAAGAUCAGCUACCAGAUACCUGGGGAAGAAUAUCCCUCAUGGGCUCAUUUUGAAAAAGAGAUUCUAAAAGCAAAUUCCAAUAGAUUACAACUGGAAGACGAAGCUACCAAAAGUUUAAAUAAAACCAGCUGUGAAUCAAAUCACACAAAAAAUCCAUCAGCUUCACCUACUGCCAGUUCUAUGUAUGCAGAGCCAAUUUCACUUCCAAGCAAAUGUGCUAAGCCAUAUAAAGUAAAGCAGGGUGACUGGGAUGAAUCGGAAAAUCAUGCAAUAGUAAAUAAGCUCUUGGAACAAAACAAAGGAAAUAUACCAUUUCAUGAGCCUCAUCUGUACAUGGCUAAUGCAGAGAAGACCAAAUCCAUUCCAGAUUAUAAAGUAUUGGCAUUUCCAGAUUUCUGGGGUCACCGUUCCCCAUCCUAUUCUCAGCCUCUAGCGGAUAAGAAGUUUGAAUCACAGAGGUACAAAAUAUUAGAAGAUAUCCAGCGCCAUUUGAAGCCUGAUGACCUUCUUAACCGUACUGUAUUUGACUUGGAAAGCCCUAGUGUCUUGGAAAGCUGCGAGAAGGAGAACUGUUUGAAAUUCUACUCCAAGUUUGAAUCAGGAAAUCUUCGUAAAGUUAUACAAGUGAGAGAGUUUGAAUAUGACCUAAUUAUGAAUGCCGAUGUUAAUACUGACCAGCAUCACCAGUGGUUUUAUUUUGAAGUCAGUGCAAUGAAAGCGAAUGUUCCUUAUCGCUUCAAUGUCAUUAACUGUGAAAAGAUGAACAGUCAGUUUAAUAACGGUAUGCAACCUGUUUUAUAUUCAGUGAAGGAUGCAAUCUGUGGGAAGAAUUACUGGGUGAGAACUGGCUAUGACAUCUGUUAUUACAAAAACCUAUUUUGCUAUCGGGCAUCGGAUGAAAAGAAGAGAAGAAGAUAUUAUACACUGUCUUUCACUCUAAAAUUCCCCCAUAUGGAUGAUGUCUGCUACCUGGCUUAUCAUUUUCCUUAUACCUUCACAGGACUUAUGUCCCACUUAGAGCUCUUACAGCAAAGGCACAAUUCGAAGACAAUAUACUUUAAACAGCAAACCCUGUGUCACACAUUGGGUGGAAAUGCAUGUCCUUUGGUUACUAUUACUGCAAUGCCUUCAGCAAAACACAAGAGCCACUACCAAAAAUUACGGAACCGUCAAUAUAUGGUACUCACAGCUCGUGUGCAUCCUGGUGAGAGUAAUGCCAGCUGGGUGAUGAAAGGAACAUUGGAAUUUUUAACAAGCAGUGACCCCAUUGCUGAAAUCCUGCGAGAAAUGUUCAUCUUCAAGAUUGUCCCAAUGCUGAAUCCAGAUGGAGUAAUCAAUGGAAAUCACAGAUGCUCUCUUAAUGGGGAAGAUCUCAACAGACAAUGGGUGUCGCCAAAGAGCAAUCUACAACCAACAAUUUACCACCUCAAAGGAUUACUUUAUUACUUGAACAACAUUAAUAAAACUCCACUGAUAUUCUGUGAUUACCAUGGACAUUCUCAGAGGAAAAAUGUAUUUUUCUAUGGAUGCAGUAUAAAGGAGACCCUUUGGCAGGCCGGUUGUGUGGUUGACUCAUCCAAUCUCCUUGAAGAUGUUGGGUAUAGGACCUUGCCUAAAAUUCUUGAUAAAAUCGCUCCUGCGUUUUCCAUGGCCAACAGCAGUUUUUUAGUGGAAAAGUCGAGGGAGUCAACAGCUCGAGUGGUGGUGUGGCACGAGAUUGGAGUUUUGAGAAGCUAUACCAUGGAGAGCACUUAUUGUGGAUUUAAUCAAGGAGCAUACAAGGGCCUGCAGGUUGGAACAAAAGAACUGGAGGAAAUGGGAGCAAAAUUCUGCCUAGGACUUCUAGUUCUUAAAUCUAAGUCUCUCUACAGCACGUCCCUUCUGCCUCAGGUGGAGGCUUUGAUAGAAGCAGAAAAAGAGUGUGCAGAAUAUCAAAGAACCAGCAACGCAGAUACAGACGAUGAGCCCCUGUGUGCAGAAGAAAUUGAUUACAACACUGAGAGCUUUUCAGAUGAGGAGGUAGAGUGCUCAGAUACGGAGAUGAACAGCAAAGGGAAAUUUGCAGACAACCGUUAUGACACACCGCGGGCUGGAGCACAAAGCUCUAAUGUGCAAACACAACAUUUCUCUUCUAAAAGCAAAGAUGCAAUGACAAAGUCCCUUGCCAAGGCAUCAAAGCAACAUGGCUGUUGUCCUGAGGCCACUACAUCUCAUUGUGAACAGGGGUAUGACGGCAAACAGCAAAUGGGAAGCUGCCUAUAUUAGAGCAGAUAUUAAUAUAGUGCAGAUCUGUCUGUGCUGCAUUAAAAAUACAUUUACAAUGAACAGAUUAGACAGUGGACUGUUAGGUAAAGGUGAGUGAAUUGCUAGUAUGUGACUAGAUAUGUAUAGAUCAGACGCUUGGGAAUGCUGGGCUUAUGUUGUGAGAUGGAUUCACGUCUGAAGUACUAUUGCUACGAGGCGUUUCCAUACUAAAAUCAAUACCAGCUCAUACAAAGUGUUAAAAAAAAAUGUAAAAAAAAUGUAAAAAAAAGCAUGAAUGAAUUGCUACUGAUUCUUCAAUUCUCAAAUGCCAUUUUGAGUUUAUUGUAUAAUAUGUACAUUCAAGACAAAACACAGUAUGACUUGCAUUUUUACAAAGUGCAAAGUCGCAGAAAUGUGCAUGCAUUUUAACCCUUCAUGUCUCUUCUAUACUUGCAUCCUGUGUUGAAUACUGGCUGCUUCUACCUUUUUUAAUAAGGUGCCGGGUGCAAAGUAUAUGGCACGUGUAUGGGCUUCCUUUGCAUUUAUUAGGUGACAAGUGUCACACGCUCUCACUGCUUCCAGUAUCGAGCGCAUAGGUACGUCUGAACUGACCUACACUGACUAAGAAAAAAAUCCCAUCACUGCUUGGGUGCACUAGAGCUCAUUUAUCAGUGUACUUACAAACUGCAACUGAUCAUUUUUGAUUGGACUACAAUCAUUUAGAAAAUAAAAGCAAAGAUCUGAGUGAUUGCUAGUGUAAUUUAGCACACAUAUAUAAAGCCAGCCACCUCAUUCUCUCUCUCUGUGCACACGCAUUUGAAAUGAUGUCCCGGGGGGGGGGGGGGGAUUGUGCAGAAGAAGUUUAGAAUGGAGCAGCGGGAGUAAGCAAAGCUACACUAGAGGUCGGCAGAAGAUCCUACCUGCCCAGCACCCCCGUUUGUUGCACCCUAGGCAGGUGCCCCUUCUGCCUACCUCAAGUUCCAGCCCUGUUGUAGGCCACGGCAGCAUUAAUACUUUUCUUUCUGUGUGUUACUAACUGACGUUAGAUGGUUUUAUACAAGUUUUCUUCCUUUGGUUUCUAUAUUAAUUGGUUGUUGGUUUUAUCAAAGUAUUUUCCAAAUAUAGAUACAAUUAUCUCUGUAUGUAACAAUUAGGGGCCCAUUUACUUAGUUCGAGUGAAGAAAUAGAAGAAAAAAAACGUAGAAUUUCGAAUGUUUUUUUUGGCUACUUCGACCAUCGAAUGUGCUACUUCGACUACGACUU